CAGCUUAGCUCUUGGGUGGAUCUGUCGACCUGCACUUGCUGUCAUAAACCUUAGGAAGUCAAUGUCGAACCAGAGGCAUCGGUUGGUGGGUCGGAAACGCCCAGAAGUAUUUAUUUUACUACAGAAAGAGAAACAUCAUGGUAAGGUAGCUGCUGGACACCAUGGGGUUUUUCACGCAGCUCUACCUCCUGCUCUGGAAAAAUUUCACAUACCGCAGACGCAACAAGAUCCAGCUGAUCGUCGAGCUUCUCUGGCCGCUCUUCCUCUUUUUAAUUCUCAUCUCUGUCCGUCGGUCGCACCCUCCGUACAAACAAAGCCAAUGUCAUUUUCCAAACAAAGCCUUGCCGUCAGUAGGCACCUUACCCUGGAUUCAGGGCAUCAUCUGCAACAUCAACAACCCCUGUUUCCACAGCCAAACACCAGGAGAAACACCCGGACAAAUUAGCAACUUUGACAACUCAUUACUGUCUCGUCUCUUUGUGGAUGCCCAGACUUUUCUGUCCCACGAUGGACACCAGAGUUUGUCCACCUUUCAGGACCUGAUGGGCAGUGUUCGGCUUCUGGGAGAAAGGCUUGAAUCAUUUCCAACUCUCCCAGUUAAAGAGUGCCUGAGACCCAAUGAGACUUUCUCCAACUUUCUUCUGACCAGUGGCAACCUGUCGUCUUCAACCGUGGACCUGCUGAUGAAUGCACAUCUCAAUUUUCAGGCUGUAUUGACUGGAUUCCAGACGCCACUGAAAGUGUUGGUGUGCAACGAGAGCUUGAUGGCCGAACUGCUGUCGGUGGAUGGAGGAGCAGCCAACAUGAGUGUUCUUCAGACUGAGCUGUGUGGCCUUCCAGCUGAUGUCCUGCAGGAGGCUGAGGGCAUUUUUUUAUCCCAACUGGAGUUUGCCAGGUUCUUCACGGGAAACCGACUGAUGGGUAGCACUGAAGAGCUGAGAGGCACGAGUCUGGCUAUUGCUUCUGUGUCCCAGGAACUUGCUGUUCUCAUAGAUGAUCUCUCCUCCUUCACCAGUUUUGCAGAGCUGAGUGCAGCUCUUACUCUACUUUCCCCUGAAAAUUACGCAGCAGAGCCCAGAGAAAGUUUGAGAGCUUUUUCUAGGAUCAUGUGCGGUCACCCUGAGAUCGGCGGCAAGCGCAUCCCAUCGCUCAACUGGUACGAAGACACCAACAUCCAGUCCUUUCUCGGCGAAGAUGGCACAGAGGAGGUGAACAUCGACAUUGACAACAACACAACACCAUUCUGUAGGAAUUUGAUCUACAGUCUGGAGUCCAACCCGCUGUCUCGCAUUAUGUGGCGAGGAAUCAAGCCGCUGUUUAAAGGAAAGCUCCUGUACACACCAGACACUCCUGUCACACAACGAGUCAUGAAAGAGCUGAACAGGACAUUUGAAGACCUGCAGAUUCUUCAGGAUCUGCAUGAAGCUUGGAAGGAGGUGGGACCAGAGAUUAAGAACUACAUGGAGACCAGUGUGGAGAUCAGAAUGCUGCAGGAUCUGUUGCGGCGUCCUGAAAUUGCUGUUCUGGUUAAUAUGCGUUUGGAAAACUCAACCUGGACAGCUUCACAGAUCGCUCAUUUCCUGUCAACUCCCUCACCAGACAAUCCAAAGAAACGCGAAGCUCCGCCUACAUGGACAGACGUCUACAACGACACAGAGAACACAAUCGUGACUCUCGUACAAAUUACCAAGUGUUUCAAUCUGGACAAACUGGAAGGGAUGGAUACGGAGGGUCAGCUGAUCAACAGAGCAUUGGAGCUGCUGGAGGACAAGAAGUUUUGGGCUGGUGUGGUUUUCCAGCUUCCCAACACGUCCACAUCUGAGCUACCUCCUCAUGUCGCCUACAAGAUCCGAAUGGACAUUGAUGAUGUGACCCGAACCAACAAGCUGAAGGACAAGUUUUGGGAUCCGGGCCCAUCUGCAGACCCGUUCAACGACAUGCGCUACAUUCGGGGUGGUUUUGUUUAUAUUCAGGACUUGGUGGAGAGAGCUGUGAACUAUGUUCUAACUGGAGUUAAACAGACCACUGGUAUCUACAUCCAGCAAAUGCCGUACCCCUGUUAUGUGGAUGAUAUUUUUCUUCGUGUCUUGAACCGCUCCCUACCUCUCUUCAUGACCCUGGCCUGGAUCUACUCGGUGGCCAUGAUCAUCAAAGGCGUGGUGCACGAGAAGGAGGCGAGGCUGAAGGAAACAAUGAGGAUUAUGGGUCUCGGUACGGGAACGCUGUGGCUCAGCUGGUUCAUCAGCAGCAUUGUUCCUUUCAUGGUGUCUGCGUCUCUUCUUAUUGGUGUGCUGAAGUGGGGUGAUAUAUUACCAUACAGCAACCCAGCUGUUGUCUUCUUCUUCCUCGUGGCGUUUGCCACAGCCACCAUCAUGCAGUGUUUCCUCAUCAGCACCUUCUUCUCCAAGGCCAACCUGUCUGCUGCCUGUGGAGGGCUCAUCUACUUCAGCUUGUACCUGCCUUAUGUACUGUGUGUCGCCUGGAGAGACUAUCUCAAUUCCACACACAGAAUAUUAUUUAGUUUGCUGUCCCCUGUGGCCUUUGGGUUUGGCUGUGAGUACUUUGCUCAGUAUGAGGAGCAAGGAGUGGGAAUCCAGUGGUACAACCUGCGAGGCAGCCCCGUUGAAGGAGACAAAUACAACUUCUUCGUCUCUAUAAUCAUGCUUUACGUGGAUGCCUUCAUCUAUGCUGUAGCAGCCUGGUACAUCGAAGCAGUUUUUCCUGGAGAAUAUGGGAUCCCAAGGCCCUGGUACUUCAUCUUUCAACUCAACUACUGGGGCGGAGUUCCUCUUGAAGCAGGGAUGCCAAUCCCGCCAGCACCCACAGACCAAGAUGAAGAUCACAUUGAACCAGAUCCCAAUAGCUUGAACUUGGGAGUGAACAUCAGAAAUUUGGUGAAAAUCUACAAGAAAGGAGGGAAACUCGCUGUCAACCAUCUUAACCUGAAGUUCUACGAGGGACAGAUCACCUCUUUUCUCGGCCACAACGGAGCCGGGAAAACCACCACCAUAUCCGUCCUGACUGGUCUCUUCCCGCCUACCUCUGGGACUGUGUACAUCAAAGGCAUGGAUAUCCGUUAUGACAUGGACAUCAUCAGGAAGACGCUGGGGGUGUGUCCACAGCACAAUGUCCUGUUUGACAUGCUCACAGUAGAGGAGCAUGUGUGGUUUUACGGGUGUCUGAAGGGCCUGUCUGAAGAAACCGUGAAAGCUGAACUCGGCAUUUUGCUUCAGGAUGUCGGUCUACUACACAAACGGCACGAUCUGACCAAAAACCUCUCUGGUGGCAUGCAGAGAAAGCUGUCUGUGGCGAUAGCGUUCAUCGGAGGCUCUAAAGUGGUGGUUCUGGAUGAACCCACUGCUGGUGUUGACCCCUACUCCCGCAGAGGGAUCUGGGAUCUCCUGCUUAAGUACCGCAAAGACCGAACCAUCAUUCUGUCUACUCACUACAUGGACGAGGCGGAGAUGUUAGGGGACCGGAUUGCCAUAAUCUCCAAGGGGAAGCUGUGCUGCUGUGGAUCGCCGCUCUUCCUGAAAUCUCGGCUGGGAUCUGGCUACUACCUGACUGUGGUGAAGAGGGAAGGAAUGAGCUCCAGCAAUCCCAGUAAUUCCAGUCUCAGCACCAACACUAGCAAGCAGCCUUCUUUUGUAAAAGACAGCGAGUCCUCUCUGAGUGAAGACACUGGACUGGGAAGUGAAGACAGCAGCACCGAUCUGGCAGCUUUGCUCGCUCUGGUUCAGCAGCACAUCCCUGGUGCGAGGUUAGUGGAAGAGUCGAGAAGAGAAGCAGUGAUCAACCUUCCACAGACAGCUGCUAAAGACGGCAGCCUGGCGAUCUUCCUGUCCAAACUGGACCAGAAGCUUCCUGACCUGGGCCUCCUCAGCUACGGCCUGUCAGACAGCACACUGGAAGAGAUUUUUCUGCAAGUGGCAGAGGAAACUGGUGUGGGCACUGACCCAGUUCAGCCUCCACAACCACCCUGCAGCGUGCAGCCUGCAGUGAAAAGAGCUGAAGGGCAGCCAGCGGAAGAGCCAGAGAUGGGAAAGAAAAAACCUCAAAAGAAAGAUCCUCAGGAGACCGACCUGCUGAGUGGAGAUGGUCAGGGUGGGGUGUCUCUGACAGGCUGGUGGCUAACGUGGCAGCAGCUCAAAGCUCUUUUCAUCAAGCGCUGGCUUUACGCUCGACGGAGCCGCAGAGGAGUCUUUGCUCAGAUUGUUCUUCCAGCCGUGUUUGUUCUGGUCGCUCUGCUCUUCAGCCUCAUCGUUCCUCCGUUUGGGAAGUACCCUGCCCUGGAGCUGCAGCCUUGGAUGUACGGAGAACAGUUCACCUUCUUCAGCAAUGAUGCCCCUGGGAACCCAGCCAUGGAGAACCUGCUGGAUGCUUUGUUGGACCGGCCUGGAUUUGGUACAAAGUGUAUGGAAAAGAAGGAGGACAACAUCACGAGUCCUCAGUGUGAAGGUGAGCGAGGAGGUCAGUUCAUGAGACCGCAGGUAGCUUUCUCCACCUGGAAGACGUUCAAUAGAGGAAACUGGAGCAAAGACAGACCUUCACCUGAAUGUCAGUGCAGCACGGAGGACCUUCGCCGGAUGCUUCCCGAGUGUCCAGAAGGUGCUGGUGGACUUCCUCCUCCACAGUUUAAGAGAGCUACAGGAGAUAUCCUCCAAAAUCUGACGAGUUAUAACAUCACUGAUUACCUGGUGAAGACCUACCCCCAAAUCCUCAAGAAAAGUCUAAGAUCCAAGAAGUGGGUGAAUGAAUUCAGGUAUGGAGGCUUCUCCCUCGGUGGGAGCACCUCCCAGAAUGCAUCUCAGGUUGAACAUCUCCAAGACUCCAUCAUGGUAAUCCGGACUCGUUACCGAGUUGAAAAGAACAGUUCGCUUGAUCGCCUGCUGGAAAAGCUGCCAGUGUUUCUGGGAGAGAUGCACACGCAGAACAAUGUCAAGGUGUGGUACAACAACAAAGGCUGGCACGCCAUGGUUUCGUUUCUAAACGUGAUGAAUAACGGGCUGCUGAGAGCGAGCCUGCCUCCAGGACCUGAGAGGAGGAUACACGGCAUCACGGCCUACAACCACCCGCUUAACCUUACGAAGGAGCAGCUUACAGAAAUAGCCAUGAUGGCCACAUCGGUGGAUGUUCUGGUUUCCAUCUGUGUGAUGUUCGCCAUGUCCUUUGUGCCGGCCAGCUUUGUCCUGUUUCUCAUCGAGGAGCGAGUCAGUAAAGCCAAACAUCUGCAGUUUGUCAGCGGCGUCAAACCCGUCCUUUACUGGCUGGCCAACUUUGCCUGGGACAUGCUGAACUACUCGGUCCCAGCCAUGAUGGUGGUGUUGAUCUUCAUCAGUUUUCAGCAGCAGGCGUACGUCUCUGAGACCAACUUGCCCGCUCUCAUCCUGCUCCUCUUACUCUACGGGUGGUCGAUAACUCCUCUGAUGUACCCAGCAUCCUUUGUCUUCUCCGUCCCGAGCACGGCUUACGUUGUGCUGACCUCCAUCAACCUUUUCAUCGGCAUCAAUGGAAGCAUGGCCACCUUUGUCCUGGAGCUGUUCGUAGAUGAGCAUCUGAACGAGAUCAACAGAAUCUUGAAGAAAGUGUUUUUGAUUUUUCCACAUUUCUGCUUGGGACGGGGGCUCAUCGACAUGGCUAAAAACCAGGCGCUGGCUGACGCCUUCCAGAGGCUGGGAGCCAAGCCAAACCUUGACCCUUUUCAGUGGGACUUUGUGGGGAAAAAUUUGUUUGCAAUGGCAGCCCAGGGUGUAAUCUUCUUUGUUUUCACCGUGCUCCUUCAGUACAAGUUUUUUAUUUACUUCAGGCCGUGGUGGAGUGUCCCCCAGCUGCCUCCUCUGGGCACUGAGGAUGAGGAUGUUGCCAGGGAACGAGAGAGGGUGAAAAGUGGGAAAGCUCAGUCGGACAUUCUCACCAUGAUAGACCUGAGCAAGGUUUACAAAUCAGGCCGGAAGCCAGCAGUGAAUCGACUUUGCCUCGGGAUUCCUCACAGUGAGUGUUUCGGGUUGCUGGGGGUGAACGGAGCCGGGAAAACCUCGACAUUCCGCAUGCUGACUGGAGAUACGCCGAUCACAUACGGAAAGGCUUUCCUGAGCCAUCACAGCGUGCUGACUGAGAUGGAGCAAGUCCACCAGCUGAUGGGUUACUGUCCACAGUUUGAUGCCAUCAGUGACCUGCUGACGGGGCGGGAACAUCUGGAGCUGUAUGCUCGUCUGAGGGGGGUUCCAGAGGAGGCUGUCACCAAGGUGGCGCAGUGGGGGGUUAAGAAGCUGGGCCUGACCCAGUACUCAGAGCAGGAAGCUGGAGGCUACAGCGGCGGCAACAAGAGGAAACUCUCCACAGCUAUCUCCUUCAUUGGGGCUCCGUCUGUUAUUUUCCUGGAUGAGCCAACCAGUGGUAUGGACCCCAAAGCCAAAAGGUUUUUGUGGAACUGCAUCGUCAACGUCACUAAAGAGGGUCGAGCUGUCGUGCUCACCUCCCACAGUAUGGAGGAGUGUGAGGCUCUUUGCACCAGGAUGGCCAUAAUGGUCAACGGCAGGUUUCAGUGUCUGGGAUCUGUGCAACACCUGAAAAACAGGUUUGGUGAUGGAUACACCAUCAUCCUCCGUCUGUCAGAAACUAAAGCUGACCCUGACGAUUGUCCUGUUGAUGCCUAUAUGAGGACGUCUUUCCCCAGCAUCGAGUUGAAGGAGAAACACCAGAGCAUACUUCAGUACCAGCUGUCCUCGCACGCCUGCUGCCUCGCUCACAUCUUCGAUGCGCUGGCCAACAACUACGAGGAACUCGGCAUCGUAGACUUCUCUGUCUCACAGACCACUCUGGACCAGGUAUUCGUGAGCUUUGCUAAGGAGCAGACGGAUGACGACUGCCUCGCAGAUGUGGUCAUAAAUAACGGGGCGGCACAAGACCGCUUCAUCGCCAGAGUUAACUCUCUCACCAUCGCGCCGCAGCCACCGAUCACACCUCCCCAAAAGAGGAUGUCUCCUCGGCUUCCCGCUAAAUCACCUGACAAUCUCCCAAAAGUAACUAAACCUAAAAAGGCCAAAGUCGGCAAGGCCAGUUCCAGUGACGACAAAAGCGGCGGCGCGCCUUUGAAGAGGUUACCUCAGGCCGAGGAGAACAGCAGCACUCAGAGUGAAUCCAGUCAACCUCACAGCUCGAAACACAAAGAGAAGAGCUCCAACAAAGAUCCUUCUGCGCUGUUCAUAGUCGGCACCAGUUCACGGGAAAGCUCGCUGUGAAAGGUUAAAGGGCGCGAUGCCACACAAGAGGACCAAACUCAGAUAUGUUCAUUCGAAUGCUGCAAACUUGUGCAACAUGACACAAACCAAAUCAGCAAAACAAGGAACUAAAGUCGAAUCAAAGCUAAUCCUUCAUCCUGUUGGCGGCUGUGCCUUGUUCACCACUUCACCGGCGGUGUUGAAUCAUAAAUGUGACAGAAUCAGUCUCGUCUUCUCAGAGCAGUGGCUUAUUUAUCCUAAACGGUUAUUACCGCAUGCAUGCCUCGGUGUGAAAACACAGCGUUGUGUUUCUCAGGACCUUUUGAUCUUUUUCAGUCUUACUCUGCUCGUCGGCGCACUUUACAGAAAAGCUGCUGCAAAUACUAAAACAGUAGCUGGUUGCAUGUGCAACGUGUUCUCAUUAAGAGGAUCUUACCUGAAGCGUCUGAUGGUUAUAAACCUGUUUGCUGUAUCUCUUUAAUGUUAUAUUGUUUUUAAGUCCAAUAUUUAUUCAUAUUUUUAUUUAUUCUGUGAGAUUUCUAGUUGUUGUUUCUGUACAAUUGAAGGAAUUAUGUACAAGACGAGUUCUUCUUUUUAUCUUGGAAGUUAUCCUCCAAACUUGCUGAAUGUCAGAAGUUUCCGUCUCUUACAGCUGGACUUCCUGUUGUCCUGAAAAAGCUCCAGACUCGGCGUUGAUUUAACUGCUGUAAGUGAUUUUUAUGCCAAACUCUUAUAAAUCCAAUCAAAGAAAAAUAUUUUUGAACAAUCUAAAAUGGAAAUGCAUUGUCUUUGAAGGAAUGUUGUUUUUAAGAUGUAGUUGUUUAUUUGUUUUGAACCAAACAACCCAGAUCAGCUGAUCUAAAACAGGCUGCUACUGCACUGAAAUGCACCGUUCUAGCUUUCAGUGUUUGCUGCUGUGGCGACCAAAGCAACAACGAUGCAGGACUUUUAUCUUAAAAUGUGAAUGCACUUGUUAAACAUUAAUUGAGGAGUGAUCAGGUUGAAUGUCUGUCUGGGCUGACAGCUCUCACUCCAGUGUUAAUGUCAACUACAUCUAGUAGAGUGAUGAAAUAUCUAAGUGUACUGAAAUGAUGCAAAACCUAAAGGUUAGGUUAGGUCAAUUAUCGUCUUGUUUUGCAGUAAAAGUCUUCAAUCCUGAAUGUGGACCACCACAUGAACAUCAUUUAAAUAAAUGAAAUUUAAAACAAUGUUUUUGUCAUGAAAAGAAAAAAAUAAUUCUUUUUCCAGUGUUUUCUUUUGCAGUGGCUAUUAUUGUGUUUUGUGUGUUGUUUUUUGUUAUUCUUUAGUCUCUGAGAGGCGGAAAGCUCUUUAUUUGUUCACUCUACAGCCAAAGCAAGCUCAUAUUUCUGUUGCUGUUUUUGUUGAAACUUUACAAAGCAAAAUAAUCUUCUGUUGCUCCUGAAGACUACUUUCAGCUCCUAAAUGUAAAUAAAACCUAAUUAAAUUCA